AUGGAUAAUUAGAACUCAUAAUCUACAACUAUUUUAUUUGAAGAAGCUAUUGAUUUCUUAGUUAAAAUAUUCAAAAUCUUUAGAUUUCCAUAAAUUAAAAUCUGCUUCAAUGGUGGCAAAGAUGCAACAGUUGUUCUCUAUUUAGCAAAAAUGGCUUUAGAGAAAUUAUAAAUAUCUACAUAAAUUGAAUGUUUAUACUUUAAAGAACAGGAACCGUUCCCUGAGAUUAUAGAAUUUAUAGAAUCAUAAAAAAAGGUUUUGAACUUAUAAGUUUUGGAAUGCAAUGAAUGUGUUAAAUAGAGUCUAGAAAAAUAAGAAUAAUUAUAGGCUGUUAUUAUGGGUACAAGAAGAAGUGAUCCCCAUGGAAAAAACCUUAAUUUAAUUUCAAUAACAGAUAAUAAUUAUCCAAGUCUUUUACGCAUAAAUCCUAUUUUAGAAUGGAAUUAUUCUUAGAUUUGGGAAUUUAUUAGAACUUAUAAUAUACCAUAUUGUUCUCUAUAUGAUUAAGGAUAUAUGUGUUUAGGUGAGAUUGGUAAAACUUAACCAAAUAAAAAUUAUAAAAAAGGUAUGAAACCUUGGGAAUUUGAUCCAUAACAUGAAAGAUUAGAUAGAGAAUGAA